UGCACCGUUCCAUCCCCGGCCCCGAGGUAGCCGGCCUCGGGAGGCUGCGACGGAGCCCGGCGCUGGCGCGGUCCUCCCGGCAGCUGUGACAGCGACCCGUAAGAUGGCUGCUGCCAUCCCCGCUGCGUUAAGACGGACUGUUAAGGUGGAGGAGCCGCUGCCCUCGGAGGCGACGGGAAACGCAUCCCUUCGCAGAGUAUUAACAGGAAUAAAAAUAAAUAAAUUCGCUUCCGUUAAAUCUGAGAAUUCUUUGUUGUUACUGGAAGCGGUCGAAUCGCGUUUUAGAAUGACAACCAGCCGCUGUGUGGUAACAACCAUUUAAGAACACUUUUCUCAGCCUCUCCGCUCGCGUUCCUUUAUGUCGGCGACGUUUCCAGUUUCCUCCCAGGCUCGAAAACGAAAACUGUUACCGCGCAGUUUCACUUUCAGCUUUACACCGCUCUGCGAACGUGACGACCGAACAGAUCCUCAGAAACAAUAGUUGGCUCCUACCUGCCGGGGGCCAUUGUCGGACACGGGCUCCUGGGCUUGACGGGAGCUGCUGGAGCCGUUCCACAGCUAAUGAUAUUUAUGUAAGCCACUAUCAUUUGCACAGCCAUAUACAAAUGAAUUACCCGUUUCAAUUCUCAACACGCUUUUACUAUUUUUGCUCAGCUGAGCAAUUCCACUGUUACUUGGUAGGGCCCUUUAUGUCUGCAGCUACAUAGGAAAGCGUUCACAGGAUCAUUUCCCAGGUGAACAACCUUCUUCUCACCCUGCUCUCUUCACGGUUCUUAAAAGCCCAAUACGUUUUUACUUUCACUGAAAUAAAACAUUUCACGGUGUGUUUAUGAAGGUCUCUUGCAAAACCCGCUGCCACAAUGCACACAGUACCAUGCUGGUUAGUAUAAAAACAACACACAAUAUACAUCCCUACAGUUCCUCCUUGAAGCCUCAAGAGCAUGGCUGCUUUACAUCACAUCUCUGUGUUUUGCUUUUUACCUUCUGCUCUCCGGAUAACCAGAGCAGUAAGGCUACCAGAACAGUAAGUCUACCAGACUGCGGCUACGGAUACAGUUACUAUAGUAACAUUUAUAAACACCAAUGUCACUACAAAUGCAGUGUUGCCUGCUAUCAUGGAGGAGCAGCUUAAAAAGAAAACACUGUUAAAGUGCAGAUAGGUGGACAGUGUCACAAAAGACAGUUCUAAGAGAACCUAAUCUGGGGAGCAGUCUCAAGCUGACAUGAUACCAGUGGCGCUGGAAUCCUACAGUUCCAGUUUAGGACAGCACUAAGAGGGCGGCCAGUGCUGGGAGUGCUCCGAAGCCCCAGCACAGCACGUGACUCACUGGGUUCAUCUCCAUCACUUCCCACCUUUCACAACAGGACUCCCUUGGAGCUAUGCUGUUGCUUCUGGAGACACAAAUGGCAUGGGAGGAAAAAUCACAGGACAAAGCAAGACAACCCAAUGAUGAGCUCUGCAGAGAUGAGGAAGAUCAUCUGGAGAAGAUCAUAAUGGCACCUGAGAAUGUAUAUACCAUGGGCAUUUCAAUUCUCUGCUCAGUGUGUCAACAAGCAAUAUAUCCACACCAUUUUUUUAAUCAUAAAAAAACCCACAGAGCCCUAACUUUGUUGGGCUACGAUAGCUCACAAACAAGGGUGGAUAACGAAACACUUUUAGCUCAGAGACAGAAGCUAAUUUCAAAAGUGACCAAGUUCCCUACGGGUUCUGGAAAACAUCAGCAGAAGAUCAAUUAUUCAUUUGAAUUUCUUAUGUACGAUCAUACUUCUACAUCAUAUUGUGAUCUUCACAAUGCAGAAAGUCUUAGCACUCUCAAAAAAGUAAGAAAUUCUUCAAUAAAAGCAUUAUCAAUUUGUCAAGAUAGAAAUUCCAUGUGGCAGAUAGACAUGGAAGACAGAUUUUUUGUAGUGGACAACUACGGAAGUAGGUCAGAUACAUGUUUUCUGGGGCUAAUUGAUGGGCACCAUGGCAUGACAGCCGCAGAAACAGUUGCAGCAGAGCUUCCACUUUUAUUUCUUGACCAGCUUGCUCAAACAGAUUCCUCCUACAGAAUGACCAAGGAGGAGCAGCAAAUUCUAGAUUCUUUUGCCACAGUAUUCAUGGAAGACUACAGGGAAAAAGAGAGGACUUUCUCUGAUAGGCAGGAGAACAAGACCAGUAAGAUAAAUACUCAAGAAUGGAUUCACAAAGCAUAUGCCAAGUCCUUCUGGAGAAUGGACAGACUUUUACAGCUAGGAAGGAAUGAGGUUUCCAGAGUUCGAUGGAGUGGCUGUUCAGCUGUAACCUGCUUGAUGGAAAGACUCCCCAGUGAAAAUACAGAUGGCACCGAAGAAAGAAAACACUUUGAAAACAGCAUGCAAAGUUCAUUAACUAGGACAACUGAGGAUGUCGCUGGGCUCCUGCACAUUGCUAACAUAGGUAACACACACGCAGUUUUAUGUAAAAACGGCAAGAGUUAUCGCCUCUCAGAAGAGCACAGCACUUCUAAUGUAAGGGAGAAAAAACGCAUACUUCAGAAUGGCGGAAACAUCAGCACUAGUGAACCAGAUGGAUUAGUAGAGGGUCACCUUAGAACUACAAGAGGUCUUGGAUAUCAUGGAGACCCCUUACUAAAAAGAUCCGUUAUACCUGUACCUCAUAGCAUCUCUGUCCCAAUUGAUGAUUCUUGUCAAUUUCUUAUUUUAGCUUCCAAUGGGCUUUGGGAGGUUCUGGAUUACAAUGAAGUAUGUGCAUUAACGCUAACAACAUUCACUCAUUACCUGAGAACGUAUGAAUGUAUUCAACAACAUGGGGCUUCUCUAUAUAACUGUCAGUAUUUGAUGGCCCUCUCUGAAGAAGAGUUAAAUAAUUCAAAGGCUACUAAUGAUCAGCAACUUGGAAUUGAAGUACUGGACUCCAGUAUGGAGAUUUUUCCCACUGACUCAAAAGGCAACCUUACACGUGGAAAACCAAAAUGUCCUAGGAUGAGCUAUUUGCAAAGCAAAGAUAGAGUUGUUCCUAAGGAAACUGAUGAGCAUGAAAAUCAAGCUGAUCCGGAACCGACACUUUUCAGUAACGAUGAGAUAGGUCCAGGGAAAAGAGGGAUAAAACAGUCCGAUUCUAGCGCACAAGUCAGCUCUGAAGAACUGAAACAGUCAGAGGACAGAAAAGGUUAUCUAUGUAACAGUCUUCAGCCACAUUCACAAACUGCAGUGCCAGAAGAAACUGACAUUACCCACGCAACUAGUCCAAGUUACAUCCAUAAACAGCUGCCAAAUACACUGACAAAAGGGUCUGAAGACAUGAAACAGCCUCAAAAACGUACACAAGCAUACCUAUCUAUUUAUGACUCAGAUCCACAACUGGCUGAAAAAAUGGAUUCCAAGAUAUCAUGUCACAAGCCUGUAAAUUAUACUGGCCAGCAACUGCUGAAAACUACAUUGCCAGUGGAUUGUAAGCCACCUACACAUUUUGAAGAGGACACAAAAGCAUACCUGUCCAGCUGUGAAUCACAAAUUGCAGUAAAAGGUGUGGUCACUUCCGAGGCACUCUAUGACAAUGCAGCAAGCUACAUCAGUGAACAACUGGUAAAGGCUGCAUUAGCUGCAGGUUCAAGAGAUAACAUUACUAUUUUGAUUGUACUUCUAAAUGGAUGUGAUAAGUUACCCAACUAACUCAACAUUUAAAAGGUAUCAUACGACAAAUGGAGUUUCACAGAACACAAAGCACAAGCAUGUAUUUAACUGUGUCAUGAGGUUAGUUGCAAUCAUCUUAAAUGCUGACCCAUACAGCAAAUCAGACAUCUUCUCUUGAACUGUACAAAUGAAAUAAAAGCUUCUGAAACUCAGAAUAAGAAA